AUGUGUGAGCUCUGUCGAUAUUCCAAAAGCAUGAAUGGCUUCGAAUUCCGCGCGGUAGUUUUCAAUGCCGCCAGCGCGGGAAAUCUUCGAAGGCUCAAGGUGUUUCUUGAUGGACGUACAUCGAAACCAUGGUUAGACAGUUGCUUGAAUAGCACCGAAAGCGACAAAAUCCCAUUGGUCAUUGCAUCAAGAAAUGGUCACGUCGAUGUUGUCAGGUAUUUGCUUGCUAAAGGUGCAGAUCCAAAUGUGGUCGGAACCGUUUCAUUCGACGGUGAAACGAUUUUGGGUGCUCCAGCGCUUUGGGCAGCCUCUGCUGCAGGGAAGUUUGAGGUGGUGCGUCUUCUUGUUGAAGAAGCGGGAGCAAAUAUCAAUCAAACAACAAACACAAGCAGUACACCGCUUCGGGGCGCAUGCUAUGAUGGCCACUUGGAGAUAGUUAAAUACCUCGUCGAGCACGGUGCAGAUAUUGAAGUAGCAAAUCAACAUGGUCAUACUUCUUUAAUGAUAGCUGCUUAUCGGCAAAAAGUGGAUGUAGUCAAAUACCUGAUCAGUUGUGGAGCGGAUGUUAACAGAAGCAGCAAAAAGGGGAACACAGCCAUGCAUGACGCCGUUGAAGGUGAAAAUCUUGAGGUGUGCGCUCUUCUCUUGAAUGCUGGAGCUCGCUUGGUUCCCGAUGAGUUUGGAGUUUGCCCGCUAAUGUGUGCUGUAAUGAUUGGAGCUGAUUGGAUCUUACCGAUGUUGCUGGAAUACUGUGAGUCUGGUGAGAAACGACGUGAUGCACUCAAACUGUUAGGAUGCACGAGAGUCGAUAAAAAGAUGGAUAUGGUAGGAGCGAUUGAGGCAUGGAAUGAUGCAUUACAAGUGCCACUCACGGAUGAGGAACGAAAACAUGUAGAGGAAAAGGUCGAGCGGUUCGAGGUUGCUCAGGUGUAUGAAGGACACAAAGAAAUACAAACGCUAGAGGACAUCGCGGCAAUUGAAGAUAGUCCCGAUGCCAUUCGUUUACAGUCCUUGCUGAUUCGUGAACGCAUUCUUGGAGGAGCUCAUGCAGAUGUUCAUUAUUACCUGCGCUUCCGAGGAGCUGUCUACAGUGACUUGGGACAUGUGGAUAAAUGCUACGAACUGUGGAGCCAUGCGUUGAUUUUGCAACAAACACAUUUAACUCCGCUCCACAUGUCUACACAAACAAUGUUCCAAGCGUUUCUAGAGACCUUCUUACAUACUCUCAAUGACCGAGCUAUUCAUAUGGAACUAGCUGGGAGAAGAAAUGCUCCUCCGAAACAAGACAUUGUGAAAUUUGUGUUUGAACGAGUGUGCCUCGAGUUAGAAAGGUUAGCUGAGUGGGGCGAGCGUCCUCUUUCGGAUUUAUGCAAUUGUGGUGAAGAUCAUGUUCACAGUUGUGAUGAUGAGAAGAAGCGAGUUGUACUAUUAGGGUUGCAGUUGUUAGCAUUGAUGAAUCGGUUAUCGUUACCCAUGCACGAGGAAGAAGAGGAGGAUGACGUGGUUUAUUUUUGUCGAGCGUCUGAAACAGUUAAGAUUGAUGUUCGACGUUUUGCGGAAGCAUGUCGACAGCUGAAGAUACCAUUACUUCAUUAUGCUGUGAAAGAAAUCGAUACUGUUGAGUUUGAUGGAAUGCCAUCAUACUUCGUAGUGGAGCGUUUACUUGCGGCCGGUGUCUGCGUUAACUCGAAGGAUGCCGAUGGUGACACAGCACUACAUGUAAUGUUAAAGAAUUCGCAUCCAAGGAUGAGCGUGGUUCGACUUCUUCUAGAAUACGGCGCCUAUGUUCUUGCUCGUGACGCUGAGGGAAAAACUUGUUUUGAUAUUAUUACUAAUCGUAAUGAACAUCUGCUACAGCCAUUUUCGUUUCCCAUGCGACUGGGCAAGUACAUCACCCUCAAAGGUUUGGCGGCAAACUCAGUGCGAAGAAAUAACCUCGCACAUGAGCAAGUGAUCCCACAAGAUCUGCGGUCGGUCAGAACCAUUCAAAGCACGGUUGGUGGAAUGGGUGGCUCACAUUAUUCUGAUGAAUCUCAAUCAGAGAGAACUACUGGAGGUCGCUCCCCACCAUCAUUUGGCUCUUAUCGUUCCAUGAGGAUCAGGUCGCCAACUGAAGAUUCUUCUAGCGAUAUACUGGAAAUAACCGUGAACAGUGUCAUGGAAGGAGUAUCUGGGGCAAAAGUACUUGUUCCCGCUCUAUGUCGGGUGUCCGAGUUAAAGAGUAUUAUUUCCGACGCAACAGACGUACCUCCUGAUAAACAACUUUUACUUUACAAAGAUACUGAAUUGAAAAACGACAAUGCCGGCAUUCGUAACUAUGGAAUUGUCAAAGAUUGUAGUAUCACGAUGAAUAUCAAAAUGAGCACAGGUUCUAAGGUAGCAAGAUCUCACACCAACAUGAACAUGCUUUUCCUACCGAUGGUCAUGCAACAGGGUAGUAUUUCGAGUUUACGCAACACUAUCAAGACCAUGACGACAGUUCGCGGUCGUCCAGCAUUUCGUGGACGAGUCGAAAAGCCGAUGGAAUACACUACAACAUGGUCUCCCUCAAAACAAAUGGAACACGAACUCACCAGAAAUAAGAUGAAGCGUCUGCUUCGAAAUCGAAAAAAGAAACAUAGGACAAUUUUGUCCGAUUCAAAUCACAUUUCGUCACCCGAUUCAGCUUCCGAUUCGCCAUCAGCUAAUUCACCUAGCACUUCUGUGGGCAGCCCUGUGGCAUCAGCUGUUUAUGAGCAGGACCCAACGAUUACGGAUAAACACCUUAAACUCUUUUUCGAUCCUCCUGAAUCAUUAGAAGAGCUGGAGUUGGCGCAAGGACAAAUGACACUGCCUCCCUCGAAUAUGGAAGAGUUACUAAGGCUGAAACAAGAGCGGAUCAAAUCGGCAAGAACCACAUGCUAUUUUUGCCAUCGAAGGCUACAACUGACAGAACAACAGAUCCAAUGUCUAUGCCAGGAGAUUUUCUGUAAAAAACAUCGCCCACCAGUAGCUCACAACUGUAGCAUUGAUUACAAACAAACCGGAAGGAGUAAGAUAAACAAGGAAAAUCCUAGAAUUUUGGAAGGUGGCUAUCAUAAAGCAAGAGAAGAAUGA